CUGAUAGGCUGAAAUUCUUAUUCUCUGUUCUCUGUUCCCUGUUCCUUUUAUUGUGCGGAACCCCUAACCGCAAAAUGCUGCCGCGCACUACUGCCCCUUGAUAAAGUAGAUGUAAACUACAUAGCUCUGAAGGCAUUAUGUGCUACUUGGAAUCAAAUUGAAAUCAGAUAUCGCGCGAGAUGUAGUCAUCCAAUGGCAGGCCAUUGGAUAAUCUUAGUUAUAUGGUGCACAGAGACUGCGCUACAUUGCGGGAUGCUGUAUAAUCAAUACUGUCAUGCUCCGGACCAAAAAGCGGAAUCGAGAAACUGCGUGUCAUCUAACAUCAUGAAAACUGAAAGACAUACUUGUGCGCCAAAUAUCGAUGAUUUACCCGUGGGAGAAUCGAUCGAGGAGAUUGCCGAAUCUGUAGAUGAGUUACGAGAGAAGCUCGCCAAUAUGAAGAAGCUCAUGAUAGAGCGAAAGGGCACUACACUGGGAGAGAUCAGUGCUCGGAAAAGGAAAGAAGCUUCUAAUAUGAUAGAUGGCAAUCUCUUGUCCUGGAUUUUUGGAUUGGCUCUUAUGGGAAUCCUGAUUGUUAGCUCCUAUGCUUUUUAUAAUCUGUAUUACGCAGUACUAAAGAGAUUCCCAUCUCAUCAUACUGAACUAUAAGGAGUGGGCGUAGAAUAAAAAGGAGCAAAACCCAAAAUUUUCGCAAUUCUUAACAUUACAAAAAAUCGGCCUUGCUUAAUUUCCCCACCAGACAUUUCAACGAGGAAAAUGCUUCCUCAUGUUCUUUUCGCUACAAACUUUUUGACCACUUUUUUCAGAAAAAGAAAUAAUAUUUUUUAAAAACUGUUAAUUUACUCGAAGGCACUAAUGCGCAUUGGUGCAUAUUAAAUCUGUUGUACAUUUUAAUUUGAAUGUAAUAAUAAAAUACAAAUAUUUCGUAUUAUAAAAUACAUAUGCUACUUAACAGCAUAAAUGUAUAUUGAUUAGAAGUUUAAAAGUAGUUUAAAAAUUUAUUUCGCGAUUAACUCGGUUUUAUUUAUACUAAACACACAUCAAUUUGUGUAUGAUGGCUUCAAUAAUCAAUACUAGAGCGUUGAACCAAAUUCACUAUACAGUAUCCAAGUAAUUAAUGAUUAAAAAUAAAAACAAAUAUCUAAAGACUUAGAGAAUUCAAAAUUUCAGAAUGCAAUAAACAGGGCAAUGAGCCAAGCUGAUAUCAGUGUAUAAUUAAAAUUAAUGUAUUGACAAAUUCAAAUGCAAUAUAAAUAUUCCAAGCGUUUCGAUUCAUACUGAGCCAUCAUUAAUGGGUGAAAACUUACAAUUCUGAAUAUAUUAUAUAUAUAAUCGAUGCCUUAAUAAAAAUUCCUUUACAAAACUUAUCCCACAUUAAAUAAAAUGCACCUGAUCUUCAUAUGUAUAUCCAUAAAUGUCGAAAAAACAUCGCUCGCAAUUGAUGGACAAAAUUCUUAAUUGUACGAAGAAAAGUCGACAGUUCAUGGAUGUAAACAGAAAUCCAAAAUAAUACAGACCGACAAAAUUUAGGUGGGGUUUUGUGCUUUGAACUUUGAAAGAUGUUUCCAGGAUUUUGAUGCACUGAAAAUGACUACAUUGUCUGUUUUUUUCAUUACUAUCCAUUUUUUAAAUAAUCGCAA